CAAAGCCGGGCAAAAAUCGGUCAGGGCGUCGAUUGUGAGCGCCGCGCGAGUCAGUGAGGUGCCGGAGGGCGCGCAGACACGCCCUGCCAUAAGACCAGCACACCUGCCGGGCGCCGCGCGGCGUUAAACAGCGGUUGAGCCCAGAAGAAGCAAAACAGCAUGAUCGCCCCCGCCGCCGGCGCGGCCGCCGCGGCCGGCACGGGCUACUCGUUGGGCCUCUGCGGCAUGCUGAGCGGCAUCUGCUCAGCCAUCAGCUGCGCGUUCUCGGCCCUCGUCGCCUGCUUCACCGGGGCCCGCUGUUGUAGUGGAGGCGCCUGCGCGGGCAACGGCAAGGACGCCUGGGGCGCGGGCAAGGUCGGGAGCAUGCUGGUUGUGGUCUACGCCGUCGCCAUGUCCUUCCUGUUCCUCUACGGGUUAGAAGAUCAACUCCACCAUCUAGCCGAACAUGCCAAGGCCUGGGAAAAUACAUCAUGCAAACUAGGCGACGAUUACGACGCCGAGUGUCUAGGCCAGGAGGGCGUUUUUCGGAUCAAUUUAGCCGUGGUCGCGUUCUUCGCCUCGAAUUGGUUAGGGUGCAAGUUGAGCAAACAAUGGCACAACGCGCUCUGGAUCGUGAAGAUGGUCUUCUUUCUUGGAUAUUGUGCUAUUACGCUAUUCUGGAUCCCGUCUCCCUUCGUCGACGACUACGUCUGGGCUAGUCGAGUGAUGGCCGCGUUAUAUGCCGUGGCACUCAUGGUUUUCAUCAUCGAGUUCGCGUAUGAGGUGAACGACUGGAUGGUCGACCAGAGCGGCGACUGGGGCGCACCUACCACCUGUGGCUUAGAUGACAACCUUAUAGUGUUACUAUGCAUCUCGUUCGUUUUGUUCGCCGCGACGCUCGCGGGCAUCGUCUGCCUCUUCGUCUUCUUCCCGAAGGACCCGGACGCGUGCGAGGCGGGCCAGGCGAUCACGGCAUUCAUAUCGAUGACUUUGGUAUUUUGCGUCGCGUGUACGGCUACGCAGCUGGUGUUCUCCGAGAGCGGCAACCUGCUGACGUCUUCCGCGGUCUGCGCGUACGGCACGUACUUGGCUUAUACCGCCAUCAGAAAGCAGCCUUCCUCGGAAUGCAACCCGUUUUGGGAACACAAGCACGAUUGGAUGACCUGGGUAUCCCUCAUUCUAGCUUUCAUAUCACUCAUCUGGAUGUCGAAGACGGCGGAAGACGUCGGCAAUACCAUCGACCCCGAGCUGGGCGUGGAGCUCGUGCCCUCAGAUGACGAGGAGAAAAAUGAAGAUAAGAGUGAAAGCCCACCGCCGGCGCCCAUCGACUGCCUCGACGGCGGCGAUCGCGCUGGCGCGACGUUCAAUUUGAUCAUGGCGCUGGCGGCGUGCUACGUGGCUUGUACGAUCGCGAACUGGGGCGCCUCGACAAAUCAAGGAGACACCAUGUCCAAGCCGCUCGCCGGCCGCGCGAGCAUGUGGAUGCAGAUCGUCGCGCAGUGGGCCAUGUUCCUCCUAUACGAGUGGACGCUCGUGGCGCCGCUGAUCUUUCCUGAUAGAGACUGGGUGUAGGCGACCUCGGGCUCACGGUAAAAUUGUUCAUG